UCAGUCCGAGCUGGAGCGAGCCGCCGGGAGGAUGUACGCCGAGCCCCGCGCCGCCGCCGCCGCCGCGCUCUGAGGGCCCCUCACAGGCGCUCGGCCGCCCCGGAAGCCGCGCGUGCGGGGGGCGGGCGGGCGGAGGAGCCGGCGCGGGCGGCGGGGUGGGCGCGGGCCGGGCCGGGGCGGCCAGUGGCGGACGCGACGCGGCCGGCCAGCGCCGCCGGGACGAGCCGGGCGGGCGCCGCGCGGUGGGAGGAGCGGGGCGGCGGCGGCGCGCCGCGCGAGGACGGCCCGGCGGGCCCCGCGCCCGCGCCCCCGCUCCUCCCGGGCCCUUUGGCCUCGGCCACCGCGGCGAUUCGCGCCUCGCGGCGCCGGCACCUGCCCGCGCGCCCCCCGCGAGCCCCGGGCCCGCGAGCGUUGGCGUUGGCGUUGGCGGCGCGCGCCGGGACAUGCCCCGCGCCUAGGGCCCGGGGGGCGCGCGGGGGGACGCGCGGGGGGCCCGGGCGGCGGCGGGCGCGGCGUGGGGCGCGUGGAUGUGGCGCCGGGCCCGGGCGGCGGCGGUCUCCAGCGGCGGGACCCCUUCGCCCCGCCCGCCUUCCCCUUCGCGCCCCCGGGCCAGGCCGAGGCCGCGGCCGUGAUCGGCCGGGAUCCGGUGGCGGGGGGAGGUCGGGGCCGGGGCCGGGGCCGCCGCCGGGGCGCGCGGGGCGGCGGCGGGGGCCGCGGGGGUCCGGGCGCGCGAGAGCGGGAGCGGCCCGGGGAGUCGGAGCGCACUAUGGAGGCGGCGGCCGGCGGUCGCGGCGGCUUCCAGCCGCACCCGGGGCUGCAGAAGACGUUGGAGCAGUUCCAUCUGAGCUCCAUGAGCUCGUUGGGCGGCCCGGCAGCCUUCUCGGCGCGCUGGGCGCAGGAGGCCUACAAGAAGGAGAGCGUCAAGGAGGCGGGCGCGGCCACGGUGCCCGCGCCGGUGCCCGCGGCCGCCGAGCCGCCGCCCGUACUGCACCUGCCUGCCAUCCAGCCGCCGCCGCCCGUGCUGCCCGGGCCCUUCUUCAUGCCGUCCGAUCGCUCCACCGAGCGCUGCGAGACCGUCCUGGAGGGCGAGACCAUCUCAUGCUUCGUGGUGGGCGGCGAGAAGCGCCUGUGCCUCCCUCAGAUCCUCAACUCGGUGCUGCGCGACUUCUCGCUGCAGCAGAUCAACUCGGUGUGCGAUGAGCUUCACAUCUACUGCUCGCGUUGCACGGCCGACCAGCUGGAGAUCCUCAAAGUCAUGGGCAUCCUGCCCUUCUCGGCGCCCUCGUGCGGGCUCAUCACCAAGACGGACGCGGAGCGCCUAUGCAACGCGCUGCUGUACGGGGGCGCCUACCCGCCGCCCUGCAAGAAGGAUCUGGCCGCCAGCCUGGCGCUGGGCCUGGAGCUCAGCGAGCGCAGCGUGCGCGUGUACCACGAGUGCUUCGGCAAGUGCAAGGGGCUGCUGGUGCCGGAGCUCUACAGCAGCCCCAGCGCCGCCUGCAUCCAGUGCCUCGAUUGCCGCCUCAUGUACCCGCCACACAAGUUCGUGGUGCACUCGCACAAGGCCCUUGAGAACCGGACCUGCCACUGGGGCUUCGACUCGGCCAACUGGCGGGCCUACAUCCUGCUGAGCCAGGACUACACGGGCAAGGAGGAGCAGGCGCGCCUCGGCCGCUGCCUGGACGACGUGAAGGAGAAGUUUGACUACGGCAGCAAAUACAAGCGGCGGGUGCCCCGGGUCUCUGAGCCCCCAGUCUCCAUAAGAAAAACAGACGACCCUCCCUCCCAGCACCCCACGUCUUCAGAAAAGGACAAACAGUCAGGCUGGCUUCGGACCCUGCCCGCCUCCUCCAGCAAGGGCCUGGGCUGUGUUCACCCGCGCCAGCGCCUCUCCGCCUUCCGCCCUUGGUCCCCUGCUGUUUCUUCCAGCGACAAAGAGCUCUCCCCACACCUCCCGGCCCUGAUUCGAGACAGCUUUUACUCCUACAAGAGUUUUGAGACUGGCGUGGCACCAAACGUGGCCCUGGCCCCGCCUGCCCAGCAAAAGGUCGUGAGCAGCCCGCCAUGUGCCACCGUCGUCUCCCGGGGCCCCGAGCCCCUUGCCACCUGCAUCCAGCCUCGGAAGCGGAAGCUCGCAGCGGACCCACCUGGGGCCACCGAGACGCCGGCGCCUGCCGUCGCCCCGGAGGAGGACAGGGACUCAGAGGCCGAGGUGGAGGUGGAGAGCAGAGAGGAGUUCACCUCCUCCCUGUCCUCGCUCUCCUCACCAUCCUUCACCUCGUCCAGCUCUGCCAAGGACCUGAGCUCCCCGGGGGUGCACGCCCCGUCCGCCCCGUCUGCAGCCCCGGACACUGCGGCCCCCGCUGAUGCCCCGAGUGGGGGGCUGGAGGCGGAGCUGGAGCACCUGCGUCAAGCCCUGGAGGGCGGCCUGGACACCAAGGAGGCCAAAGAGAAGUUCCUGCACGAAGUGGUGAAGAUGCGGGUGAAACAGGAGGAGAAGCUGAGCGCCGCCCUGCAGGCCAAGCGCAGCCUCCACCAGGAGCUGGAGUUCCUGCGAGUGGCCAAGAAGGAGAAGCUGCGGGAAGCCACGGAGGCGAAGCGCAACCUGCGGAAGGAGAUCGAGCGCCUGCGCGCGGAGAACGAGAAGAAGAUGAAAGAGGCCAACGAGGCCCGGCUGCGCCUGAAGCGGGAGCUGGAGCAGGCGCGGCAGGUCCGGGUGUGCGACAAGGGCUGCGAGGCCGGCCGCCUGCGCGCUAAGUACUCGGCCCAGAUCGAGGACCUGCAGGUGAAGCUGCAGCACGCGGAGGCGGACCGCGAGCAGCUGCGGGCCGACCUGCUGCGGGAGCGCGAGGCCCGGGAGCACCUGGAGAAGGUGGUGAAGGAGCUGCAGGAGCAGCUGUGGCCGCGGCCCCGACCCGAGGCUGCGGGCGGCAGCGGCGAGAGCGCGACGGAGCUGGAGCCCUAGUGGACCCACUGCCUGCUGUCCGGCGGCUCGGACGCUGCGGGGGCAGGGCGGCCGGUGCCACGCCGCUGCGGCUCUGCGUGGGGCGAGCCUCCCCUCUUCCCGGCCAUAUAGCACAACGUCUUACUGUGCCUACAACCAAGCGAGUGUUCGCAACCACAUGCUUUUGGAAUCCACUGCGAAAUUUUCUACUGGCCAAGUUCGAGUGAGCAAGCUGGGUCCCCACCUGUAGCUGGAAACGGUCAGUUCGGUGGCUGUGGCUGGCCUCUGCUCGCUGGAACAUUCUAACAUUUACACUUUUGUUAUAAGCUAUUUAAAACCAGUAAGAAGACUUGAUAUUGAGAAAAUAUCAACACGUUUUUUAAUGACUAACUUUCAAAAGCCCCGCCAACACGCCACGCCGUUCAAGGACCCCUAAGGGAGCCGGGGCGGCAGCCGCCCCGCCCCCAGAAGCCAUCACAGCUCGUCCGCGGCCGCAGAGGACAGGAAGGGCUUUUCUCCAGAGUCUCUAUUUUUUCAGCGACAAAGACCCAGGUCUCCCGUGCUGCCGCCCGUGAGAGCGAGGAGAGGGCGCCCUGAGCUGCCACUGCCGCCUUACGCCCACCGCCCUGUCCCCACCGGCAGGUGCUCCCAGACCCCACUGGGCGGCACCUGCGGGAGGGGACCGGAGGCCGUCACGCCGCCUGACCAGGCGCCCCCCUCAGCGGGGCAGACGUCACUCCUCCUCCCUGGGACUGAGGCUGCAGCAUCGGGACGAAACAGCAUUAGUUCACCUUUUCUUUGUUUGUUCAUUUCAACGUAUACUUAGAACUGCACUUUGUCAAACAUCUUCCUCCUCUUUUUAUUCCCCAGUUAACUGAGGUUUUCACUUUUCAAGUGUGGAGACCGACCCUAGAGCAGGUCGCUCCCGAGAGCUCGAGCUCGGAACCCUCUGGUGCUCGUCCGACAAGGGCGUCGAGGGCGCGGAGGCUGGACUCGGGGGUAGCUCUGUGCCUUGCAGUGUCUUGUACAGCGAACCCCGACUCGUCUUUUCACCCCCAGAUACCCGUCCCUCAGUAGCCAUCGAAUCUGCCACUAUCAAACUAAGUUCCUUGCAUUUAUUCCAAAUAAUCUCGUUUACGCUCAACUGUUUAUGCAAAUUGUAUAUGGUUUCUAAGCCCAAGCUUGAAAGUGAUUUCCCGGUAGACCAGAGGCGGCCCCCGAGUGCGGCGCUAUUUAUUCACACGAGGAAGAGCGCACCAGAGUUCCGGCCCGGCUCCGUCCUCGCGCCGCGGCGGCCACGCACAGGCCGGGGCGGAGACGUGGGUGCUGACACCCCUGCGGGGUUUCGUCCUUGGUUUACUGGGGGCCCAGGUGCUGCUGGACCCCUUCUGAAGUGCAAUGCGAAAGGGACACCACGUACACGCAGCGUGUGUUUGGGUUUUGUUUUCUCUUGCUUCGUUUUUCUUUUGCAGUUACCAGCUCUGUUUGCAUGGAGUUGCAGCCUCUGCCACACGCACCCCCUCGAUGGGCAUUAUUACCGCGUCGUGUGAAGGGUCGGUUGUUGGGCACCUGCCCGAAUGCCGUGUCGGCCUCGUUUCUCCAGAGUUGUGUUUUUUUCAGCCAUUUUUCGAGGGAAACUAAGUGGUUUUGUUGGAGCAAAGCUUUACCUGUGUCAGCCUGUCGGGGAAGCGGCAGGGGGAGCGGCAGGGGGACCGGGCCGCCGGGCACCCCCGUUGCUCCCCAGUUUUCAGGCUGCAGGGGAGAUGGACUUUUCUGACUUGUGCUCGAGGGCGCCGCCUGUUCCCUCCGGUCCCCGCACCCCUGCCGGCCUUGUCCCCAACGCUGGGAGGGGCUGAGUGGGCAGUCUGUCUCCCAGUGCAGGGGACGAGGCCGGGCAGGCCCGGCCCUCCCAGGGCUGCGGGGCGGGAGUCGGCCACAGCGGGCUCCCUUCACCAGCAGCUCGACCUUCCCGGCAGCUCCCGGUCCCUGGGUGAGGCCGGCAGGGGGGUGCCUGCCACCCCGGCCCCACAGGCACAGCGGCCUCUGGCCGGGCUGGGUCUCCCGCACUCUGCUCGGCUCAGCGGCUUUCUCUGAGGAGAGGAGGGGCCUGUGCGCAGGCCCUCGGCGCCCGUGGGGGUCGAGUCGCUCUCCCUCCCACCUGAGGGGACCUCACGGGCCGAGACACAGCAGCAAUAACAACCGCGGGGCAGCUCGCGCCCGGUGCUCCACGUCCGGUCAGCGCUGGCCGGUGACGGGCCUCCCUGUAAAUACCCCGUCGCACCCUGUAGCGUACGUGUACACGGGGUCCGGAAACCCUCCCUCCCGGUCGUCGUCUUGUUUUCUGGGUGGUCCUCCCCGGACGCACUCCUCUGCCAGAAGGGGCAGCCCUGCCCGGUGCCCGGUGCCCGGUGCCGGGGCCGCCCGGCCGCCCGUCCAGGCUCCCGGGGAAGCCGGUUCUGGCUUCCAGGCAGGAAUCACAAACGACCUUUUUUCGAUUAAGGAGAAAAACACAGCUCCACCUUUGUGUCCGCCAGGAGCGCCCGCAUCGCCGUCCCCCCUCCUCUGCUGCUGCUAAUGACAAUAUGAUGACUUACUCUACUAUCCGAGAACUAUUUUUAUGUAAUUAAUGUAUGCGCUCUUGUUUAUAAAUGCCUGAUUUAAAAAGAAAAA